AGUAAAAUAAAUAAAAGGACGAGGGGAGAGGUUGUGCGCAUUGUAUUGAUUAGAAAGAGUAGACCGACUAUUCUGCAGUGGUCUGUCUAUUGAUCAAUGAAGGCGCGCGAUUCCGUUUACUCGUACAUGUACCGUUCCGUUUUCGGCAGUUACGUAGUCCUUGUCUAACCGCCGUUCAGGCCGUUUUCGUGCGAGCACACGUAAGAACGGUAUGCGAAUUGGUGAAACAUGCCCAAAAAGAAGCCCGUUCCCGUUGAAGACCUUAUCAUCCCACCACAGGACACUAAAAUUUGCGGGACGAUAUGUCUAUGUCAAAUGACUCUAGUUUUGAGCAGUGUAGCAAUAGUUUAUUUAACAGUAGCGAUUUAUGUGCCGUCAACUCGUGCUAUGAAAUCUGGAAUUACCGAAAACCCUGUGAUGUGUACGACAACCAGAGCAGUAACAGUAGAAACCUGCGACUGGGGAUCUUGUGGGGAGUGGUGUCUUAGCAAAACAUCCGGUUCCUGCAUGCAAAUAUAUGUUAAUCUUAGACAAAACGGCUCAAAUUUACUCAUGGCAAAUUGUACAAAUAUCGCACAAAAAUUUUGUUACGGAAAAGAUCAAGAAAACGCCAAGAAAAGCAGAUGCAUUGCUGAUGAAUGUAAAAAUUUGACGGGAACCUUCAACUGUUCAAUGGGAAUGUGCUACGACAUCACCGACUCAUUCGAAUGUAUUUAUAAAGAAACAGAUCCACCUUUAAAAUGUUCGGGACGGAGAGGCAAAAUAACUUGCAUAGAUCUGGAUGGCUUGUACAAUUGUAACAGAGGAACCUGCGAAAGAAUCAGAACACCGUAUAAUUGUGACAGACAAUGCGGGGAUAUUCCGACUAGAAACAAAAAUGUAAUAGUUUUAAGUGGUGACGAGGUUUAUCUGUCGCAAUGUCAAAGAUGUUUAGACUCGGACACCGGUGAGGAAAUUUGGAACGAAUCGCAAGAUAACAUACUCAUGGCGUCUUGUUAUACGAUCCUUAACACCAGCAGGGGCCUCGAAGCGACCGACUGCAUAAACGGUUCCCUGCUUGCAAAUAAUAUACUCACGGAUCUCACAAAUUUCACCUACUUAAGUUACCUUAGCGUUUUUGCAACAAUACCACUUGACGAACGGAAAUUGGUCGCCCCUCCGGAACCUGAUCUUCUUAUAGCCAACGAAAGCAAGCUUCUUAUAAAUCUUGAGGGUUGCGUUAACACGUUGCGUGACGAAUGUAAAGAUUUCCUUAAAUACUACGGAAAGGAUGGCACAGAUCAUAACGCUCGAGCACGUUUUCCUUGCUACUUUUCAUCGGACGAUCCCGCUGUGGUUGUCGCACGUUUCGAUCUGGCCACGACCACUAAACAAUUUUUGUUUGCCUCUGUAGUGCCGUCUGUUCUCUUCGUCAUAUCAUGUAGUACACUUAUAUUAUGUCAAAAAACUGUUGUCGUCGGUGAUGACGCUAAAAUGAGGUUUCAGAGUUGCAUUAAGAACGAAGACGAAGACGAAUGCGAUAAUAUUGAAAAGACAGCUUCUACUAACAACAUGCCAGAUCGUGGAGGAGGAAAUUCGAUAAUGGCACUUUGA